GCAUGGUGUGUAUUUACUAUUUAUUGUCUCUUUGUCUUGUACUAUAGUGUAUCGACUGAUACAAAGCGCCUCCUUCAACCUGACCCAAAAGAGUGAGAGAUCUUCAUAAAAAAGAAAAGAAAAGAAAAGAAAAAAGAGAGAUCUUGUUUAGUUUUGGUUAACUCAAGAGAACCUGAUACGGUGAGGUGAGCAGUUGAGACUUGAGAGAGGCGGAGAGCAGAGAAUCAGAGAGAGGCUGAGGAGGCGGAGGAGCUUCAAGCUUGCUGCCUUGCUUGAGCCUUGAGCUGUUGUCUGUUCAGCAGAUGAGAACAGACUGAACAGUGGAGACUGGAGACUAGAGAGAAAGAGAAGAAGAUAGAAAAUUGAUUAGUGUAGUGAGAAACAUGAUGGAUGAAAAAAUUGAUGACGUGGAUAUGAUAUCUGAUAUGCCUGCAUUUAUCAUGCAUCACAUAUUGUCAUUCCUACCCAGAAAAGAGGCAGCUAAGACCAGUGUCUUGUCCAAGAAAUGGAAUAGCAUAUGGUCUUCAUUCCCCAUUUUGGAUUUUGAUCAGUGCUGUUACCUUAAUAAGGAUCAUCUCUUCGCAGAUAAACAUCCAGAGAAUAAGAAAAGAGUUAAGAAGUUCAUGAAUAUUGUGGACAAGUCUUUUGGUAGAAGAUUUCAGGAGCAUAAGUUGCAGUUGCAAAAAUUUAAACUUCACAUUACUCUUGUUGACUUCAAGUUGGCUUCAUUGGUUGAUAAAUGGAUAGAGUUGGCCUUUGAAAAUGAUGCCAAAGAAAUUGAUCUUCUGGUUGAAACCGAAGAGAAUUCAUGCUAUACUUAUACUUUGCCCAAAACAAUAUUUGUUGCAAAAUCAACCAACUAUUGUAAGUUAGGACAACCAUUUUCUUGGACUGGUGUGAAGUUUUAUUCUCUACAAAAGUUACGGCUUCAGGAAGUUUGUCUGAAUGAAGAGAUUAUCCAAGAUAUCAUCCAUACUUGCCCUUUUAUCACUGAUUUUGGUCUUAUAAUGUUUAAGGGACCGAAAAUUCUUGAGAUCUCCAACCUUCCUAAACUUCGUAACGUUACUGUGAUUCCCGAUGAUAAUUAUGUUGAGAGUGUUAAAAUUGACUUACCAAAUCUUCAAAUUUUCCGUCUAGGUUAUUCAAAUCAAUGUCAGCUUGACAUCACUGGAUGCAAAGAUUUGAAAGAAUUAUGGUUAGACAGUGUGAACAUCACGGACCAGUUAUUUCACUUCAGUAUUUCUAGAUUUCCUCACCUUGAAACGUUGUUGAUCAAUGACUGCAGCAUGUUGGAAAGGGUCAAUAUUUCUGUACAGAGGCUAAGGGAGUUAAGAAUCUUCAGUUGCCAAAAGUUGUUAUAUGUUGAAAUUGACGCUCCAAAUCUGUCAUUAUUCCGAUACUGCAACUCCAGCAAUCAAAUGGCUAAGCUAUUUUUAAAGAAUGCUCCAUGUUGUUUGGAACUUAAUCUUAAAUUAGACCCUAAUGAUCUUGUUGACACUCAUUGGUUCCUUAAUUUGAGGGAAUUUCUAUUAAUGUCAAAUCAAAGAAAAUAUUUGAAGAUAUUAGUCUUCCUGAGUGAAGCGGUUACCUUUGAUCUUAAAGAAUUGAGUGGAAUGUCACUUCCACCACCAGUUGAAUUGGAUCUUAUGAAGCUAGAUAUACGAAAUUCAGCACUCUCAAUAGAUUAUGUAACCUUUAUAGAUGGCUUGCUCUGGAGUUGUCGUCCAAAGAUUUUGUCAGUGCCAACGGGUUUGGAGUCCCUGGACAAGUGCAUAAAGGUGCUAUGUGAAAUGUUGGUGGAUAGAGAAGAUCUACACCGCUGUUUGGGUGAUCACAAAUGUUGGCGAUCUCAUUUAAAAGGUGCAGAGAUCACGAGUAUUGCUGGGAAUGAAGAUGAGAGGCUCCUUGAUUGCAAAACUUUGUUAGAUAUGUUGCCUACUCUUGCAAAAGAUCAAGAGAUUCAAUUUAGAUUGGAUUGGGAACACCAUUUGCAUGGUUAUUUGGACUAAAUGCUUGCCUAAUUGGAGUGCCUUUUUUAUCCAAAGCUUCUAGUUACGACUUUGUGUCAAUCAAUUCUUCAAAGUUGUGACAGUAAUAUUAGUUUAAUUUUAUAUAAUUUUUGCCCUUUUCAAGCUAAA